AUGCCGAGCUUCUUCCAGUUCACGCAAGGCUCCGAGACGCGCUUCCGUCCCGCCGACGCCUCCUCCCCGCUGCUGGGCCGCUUCCGCGCCGUGCCCCCGCGCCCGGGCUUGGAUCAGCGGCACCGCCGCCACAGCCAGCUCGGCCUGCUGGCGGACCGGGUCGGCGACGGGCGCGGCAGCGUGCACGUCGGGUACGGCGCGCUGCUGGCCGCCCAGCUCGAGGCCGAGGCCGCGGCCGCGGACGAUGACGAUGACGACGAUGGCAAUGGCGGCAACGGGGGGUUCGACGACGACCGCUCUGUAACGCAGCGCCUGUGGCAGGCCUACGUCGUCGACUUGUGGAUAGACCCGCGGCAGACGGCGGUGAGGAGGGUGGUUGAGCGGUGGUGGAGUCGGUAUGGGCUGCUGGUGUUUCUGCCGGCGUUGCUGGUGCCGUGGCCUGGUGCUCGGUCCCGUUCCCGCAGUAUCCCUUGCCCGACUACAACGACGACCCCGACGGCACCGAGGACGGCCACAAGGCGCCAGGCCACGGCGAGGCCGAGGUGCAGGUCAACUUUUGGUUCUUCCUCUUUGUCUACUACGGCUUCUACAACAUCACGGUGGCCGCAGUCGCUCGGCUUCCCGCUCACCGUGUCGCUCAUCGCCGUGCUCUCCAUCGCGGCCCCCAUCCCCGUCUUCUUCAUCCCCGAGACGCGCUUCCUCACCGUCCACAACACCGCCUGGAUCUCGUGGACCUUCAUCAUCAUGGCCAUGCCCGUCGCCAUCGCCUUCAUCAUCCUCACCACCAACGAGCGCCACAUCGGCCUGCGCCACUCCCUCUCCGAGACGCAGCGCAUCUUCACCACCUCGUGGUGGACCGGCGAGCCCGACACCCUGCCGCGCGGCGCGGCGCCGUUCUCCCGCGGCGGACGCGGCGGCGGCGGCUACCAGUCCGUCUCCUCCCCCGACGCCGCCGCCGUCACCGCCGACGCCUUUCUCGAGCCCGACGCCGCCGCCUCCCUGCUGCACGUCGCCGCGCCGACCCCCCGCCGGCGCCCGCAGCGCGUCGCCAUCCGCCGCCGCUGGCUGCCCGCCAGCUUCGUCCGCUUCCUCUGGUUCUGCGUCGCCCUCUUCGUCGGCCUCAUGGCGUACGUCAUCGGCGAGGCCUACGCCGAGAUCUACCUCCGCACCCUGCCGCACAACAACCUCGAGACCGUCGUCUACGUCUACGGCUGGGUCAUCACCGUGCACCUGCUCGACGCCCUGACCGGAUGGGUGCUCGGGAUCCGCGAGGGCGAGCGCGUCGGGAGCUACCCCCUGAGUUGGGUGUUUAAGUACUUUAUGCUCACCUAUCAGACAUAUGUGCGCGCUCUGUACGCGCGCCUCCGCACCCCGUCACAGUUCAUCACCCUGCAGGUCCUCUCCUCGACGGGCCUCGUCGUCGUCACGCCCAUCAUGAUGACGCGGCUCUUCCACCGCGCCCUCACCGUCCUGGGCCUCAACACGCAGAGCUACGGCUCCUACCAGAAGCUCCAGACGCGCAACGUCUUCAUCCGCUUCCUCGCCGAGAACGCCUCCAUGGCCACAUUUGUGGGCAGCAUCCUCGUCCUGCACUUUGGCGCCAACAAGCGCGUCUACCCCUACUUCUCCUUUGACCAGGACGACGGGCCCUACAACUUCGCCCUCACCCUCAAGUUCUCUCUUGUUACGUGGGGGUGCGAGCUGGUGGCCAGCCUCGCCGUCAGGGGCCUCAUCCGCGUCUUCUUCGGCGUCGACGUCGGGCUCGAGGGCAGGCUCGACUUGGCCGUGUGGCCGGAGCUGCUACCCACGUGCGUGACGGUCAUGCUGCACGUUUUGCAGAACAUGCUCUUUUCCAUCAUCCGGCUGCAGUUUCACCAGUAA